AUGUAGUGUCACGUCACAGUAUCGCGAGAGGAGAUUUGCUGGAUGAGCCCGGAAGGUGCCGAGGAGCUUGGCAUUUAAACAGCUAUCCUGGACAGCGGGACAGUGUAGGUUUGGAAUGACACUCCAGGUCUCUACAAUAUGAACCCCAUUGAGUUAUCUGAUGAAAUCUUGCUGCAUAUAUUAAGCUAUGUCCCAAGCACAGACCUUAUCCUUAAUGUUAAAAGAACUUGCCAUAAAUUGGCAGGCCUGUGCCUUGACAAGAGCCUCAUCCAAAAGGUUAUCUUGCACAAAGAAUACCAGGCCAGUGACAAUCAAGUAAAGCAGUUGCUCCGAGAAGCUGGGAAGGAGAUUCGUGAGCUGGAUAUGAGUGGAUGCUACUGGCUGUCCUCUUCCACUGUGGACCUGAUAGCACAGUGCAAAAGAUUGGUGCGCUUAGACCUCUCUGGCUGCCCUUUAACUUCCUUGCGUCUUUCCAAGCUGCUGACAGACCUUCACCAACUGUGUUCUCUUUCUAUUGAUAUUGGUGCAGGCUUUGACUCUGGUCAGCUGACUACAGAGUGCAAAGCCACCCUAAGGCAUGUACGGGAGUUAAAACAAACACUGUUUGCUCCAUCUUAUGGAGUAGUUCCAUGCUGCAUUAAUCUUGAAAAACUGUUGCUCUACUUUGAAGUGUUAGAUAGAACACGUGAGGGGACUGUAAUGUCUGGGCAGUUAAUGGUAGGAGAAAGCAAAAUCCCUCACUAUCAAAAUCUGCGACUCUUUUAUGCCCGCCUGGCUCCUGGCUAUAUCAACGAAGAGGUGGUAAGACUGUACCUUACUGUUCUUACAGAUCGAACUCCAGAGAACCUCAGGGCCUUUCUCAUCUCCGUUCCAGGUAGCCUAGCUGAAAGCAGUGCCAGCAAAAACCUUCUGGACUCUAUGGCAAAAAAUGUAUCGUUGGAGGCCUUCCAGCUGCCCAAAUCUUGGCUAAGUGGAUCAUCUUUGCUUCAGAACUUGAAGUUUAGUUCCCCAUUUUACCUCAGCUUUAGUCGCAGUAUGAUUUCCGGAGGACAGCUCACCCAGUGGGUUAUAAAUGGACACAUGGACUGUAGAAGUCUAGUUAGUCUAAAUUUAAGAGGUUGUCCCUUCAGUUUGAACUCCGAUUUGCCUUUUAGGAAAACAGUGGAAGAUAUAGAUUGCAACAUUCUGGAAACCCUUGUCACUGCCUGCCCCAAUCUUGCACACUUAAACUUGUCCUAUGCUCACCAUCACAGCUCAGAGAGUGCUACUAGACAUCUUUGUGACAUUCUUGCUCAGCUGAAACACUUGCGGUCUUUAUCUCUCCCAGUGUGUGCCAUAGUGAAUACCUCAAAUACCACCGACAAGUCACUCAUACAAUGCCCAGGACAAUCAACUCCCAGAACUGCAACCCUUGGUUUUGGUAAAAAAGUCCGUAUUGGUGUGCAGACUAAUUCCAUGACCCUGCCUGACCAAAACAGCUCAUUUUGGAAACUUCUAAAGGAAAACCCUUUUAUUGUAAAUUUGGAGUUAAUUGGUUCUAAUUUCUACUCUGCAAUGCCAAGGAAUGACCCGGCAAUACGCAAUGCAUACCCUCCAUGUGCACUCUCGCAUAGUGUUGGUGAUGCACAGAUUGCCAAUAUAAGUCAACUCGAGUUUCUUCAAAAUCUUACAUUAGCACAGUUGCCUGGAAUACACACAGGUUCAGCUCUAGUCAGCAUUGGUAUGAAGUGUCAACAGCUUCGUAGCCUUACACUGGCAAAUCUCGGAAAGAAAGGCAUGGUUUUAUAUAUUGCAUCACUGUGUGAAAUGCUAAACCACUGCAGACAUCUGAAAGACCUGAGAUUGGAGCAACCAUAUUUUUCUGCAAACGGUCAAUUCUUUCAGGCCCUUAGUCACUGUUCAUCUCUACAGCGCUUGUGCAUUGUAUCUCACAAUGGAAAGUUCCAGCCUGAUGCAGUGAUCUCCUUUAUCAGUUCUUGUCCUAGUCUUGUUGUAUGCCACAUGUUUACAGGAGAAACUCUGAAAUCAUGCAGGAAUCUUCAGCAGUGCAUUAAACAAAGUUUCCAACCUGAGCGACCAGCACUGAAUGCUCUAAUAUUUCCCCUGUUACAUGAAAGCUUAGCAGAUGUGAUUAGAGAUGUACCCUUGAUGCAUUUGGAUGAAAUCACCCUAUUCAAAAGCAGAGUUGCAGAGGAACCUUCACGAUUGUGGUGCUGACUAUGGUGUCUGACAUUUUGGAUCAGAAUUGAAUGAUCCUGCUGCACAAAAAGCUACACAGCAAGAAAAGAUAUUUAUACAUUUUUCUACAUAAGUAUUCCUGACUGAUCCAUAAUUAUGUUGUAUUUAAGACAGAAUUGAAUAUUUAUUACUGCUCUGUGCAGUAUUUUUUUUUCUUUUUAAUUCCAAUAUGGUCAAAUCAAAUUUAAAUGUAUUGUCAUGGCACUUAUAAUUUAUGGUCUUAUAUUUUCUCACAGAUAUGCCAUUUUGAAAACUAUACUCAGAUUUAGAUUAUAUAUGUUCCAAUUUGAAAUCUAGACAUUUAGGCUAAGACUUUAUUUUAUCCUGCCCACAUCCAUAUACAGCAAGUUUUCAGAAAUAUUUAAAAGCAACAUUUCCUAUAUUGUAUAUAUUUCAGUUUGCUAAUAAAGGUAUACACAGCUUUUAUAUAUAUAUAUAUAUAUACUCCCCCGUACAAGCCGCCAUCAUUUAACCCAGGCCUCAGCUCUACUAUUGAGAAGUCCUACUCAUUUCAGUUCUGCUUUUCAGGAGUGUCCUAGCAGAACUCUGGACAUUUAGGGCAUGAUAUUUGAAUUUUGUUUUGCUUUGGUAUUUUGCUCCACACCAAAAAUUAUGGAUUUGGAGCAUCUCUAAACACUUUUCAGUUUUGUGAGGCAAUAAGCAUAAUAGGCAAACACGCUAGUACUAUUCUAUCCUUACUGUGAGACAAUUAUACAAAUAAACUAUGGACCAUUUAGAA